GGCAACGGCGGCACGGUCAGCCGGGCCCUGCACGUCCCGACCAAGGUGGUCAUGGCCAAGAAGGUCGUCCACAUCGCGACGAGCGACACGACGCGCAAGCAGAUCUUGCGCGAGCUCCAGAUCAUGCACGACUGCUCGUCGCCCUACAUCGUCUCGUUCUACGGCGCCUACCUGCAGGACCCGCACAUCUGCAUGUGCAUGGAGUUCAUGGACAAAGGCUCGCUCGACAACAUCCACCGCAAGGUCGGGCCUAUCCCCGAAGCUAUCCUCGGCAAGAUUGCGCUCGCCGUCGUGUCGGGCCUGACGUACCUGUACGAGGUCCACAAAAUCAUGCACCGCGACGUCAAGCCGAGCAACAUCCUCCUCAACUCGGCGGGUCAGAUCAAGAUUUGCGACUUUGGCGUCUCGGGCGAGCUCAUCAACAGCGUCGCCGACACGUUCGUUGGCACGAGCACCUACAUGAGCCCGGAGCGCAUCUCGGGCGACCCGUACAGCGUCAAGUCGGACGUGUGGUCGCUCGGCAUCUCGCUCGUCGAGCUCGCCAUCGGCCGGUUCCCGUUCUCGUCCGAGGACGACACGCCUUCGUCGGACGACGAGGAGGAGGCGUUCGCGCGACUGUCGCUCGCCGGCGUACAGGAGGAAGGCGGCGAGGCGACCUUCUGCGGCGGCGGCGACGACGGCACGAUCGGCGACGACACGUUGAGCCCGGCCAAGCCCGACAAGAAGCGCGACAGCAUCAUGCUCGCCGAGCGACAGCGCGCCGCCAAGCGCGAGUCGCUGCGCUCGCGCAAGCCGUCGGGCGCCGCAUCGCGCAAGCAGGCGACGGGCGUGUCGCUCGCCGGGAGCGGCCACCAGAUGUCGAUCCUCGAGCUCCUCCAGUACAUCGUCAACGAGCCCGCACCGCGGCUACCGGCGGGCCGCUUCUCGCCCAUGGUCGACGAGUUUGUCGACGCGACGCUGCGCAAAGAG